CGGCUCCCUUUCUGCCGUCCUUCCCUCCCUCCCCGGCUGCGGCGAUUCUCCUGGAAGCGACGGUGCCGGCUAUGAGCCGCGGUGCCUUUCCUUGAGCUCGCUCUGCCGCCGGCAUGGGAGUGAACGCCGUGCACUGGUUCCGCAAGGGGCUCCGGCUGCACGACAACCCGGCGCUGCAGGAGUGCAUCCAGGGCGCCGAUACCGUGCGCUGCGUCUACAUCCUCGACCCCUGGUUCGCCGGCUCCUCCAACGUGGGCAUCAACAGGUGGAGAUUUUUGCUUCAGUGUCUCGAGGAUCUUGAUGCCAAUCUGCGAAAAUUAAACUCUCGUCUGUUUGUGAUUCGUGGACAACCAGCAGAUGUGUUUCCCAGGCUUUUCAAGGAAUGGGACAUUACCAAACUUUCAAUUGAGUAUGAUUCUGAGCCCUUUGGAAAGGAACGAGAUGCAGCCAUUAGGAAACUGGCUACAGAAGCUGGAGUAGAAGUCAUUGUACGAAUCUCUCAUACAUUAUAUGACCUAGACAAGAUCAUAGAGCUCAAUGGUGGACAACCACCUCUCACUUACAAAAGAUUCCAGACUCUCAUCAGCAAAAUGGAGCCCCUCGAGACACCAGUGGAGACGAUUACUUCAGAAGUAAUGGGAAAGUGUGUUACUCCUCUGUCCGAUGACCAUGAUGAGAAGUAUGGAGUCCCUUCGCUGGAAGAACUCGGUUUUGAUACAGAUGGCUUAUCCUUGGCAGUGUGGCCAGGUGGAGAAACCGAAGCACUUACACGUUUGGAGAGGCAUUUAGAAAGAAAAGCUUGGGUGGCAAACUUUGAAAGACCUCGAAUGAAUGCCAACUCCCUACUCGCAAGUCCUACUGGGCUCAGUCCUUACCUCCGAUUUGGUUGUUUGUCAUGUCGACUGUUCUACUUCAAACUAACAGAUCUCUACAAAAAGGUGAAGAAGAACAGUUCCCCUCCACUUUCUCUUUAUGGGCAGCUACUAUGGCGUGAAUUUUUCUAUACUGCAGCAACAAAUAAUCCGCGCUUUGAUAAAAUGGAAGGGAAUCCUAUCUGUGUUCAGAUUCCUUGGGAUAAGAACCCUGAGGCUUUAGCCAAAUGGGCAGAAGGCCGCACAGGUUUCCCGUGGAUCGACGCCAUCAUGGCACAGCUCCGUCAAGAGGGCUGGAUCCAUCAUUUAGCCAGACAUGCAGUCGCUUGCUUCCUGACGCGAGGUGACCUGUGGAUUACCUGGGAGGAAGGAAUGAAGGUAUUUGAAGAAUUACUGCUUGAUGCAGAUUGGAGCAUCAAUGCUGGGAGUUGGAUGUGGCUGUCUUGUAGCUCCUUUUUCCAGCAGUUUUUUCACUGCUACUGUCCUGUUGGUUUUGGGAGAAGAACAGAUCCCAAUGGAGACUAUAUCAGGCGUUAUUUGCCUGUCCUGAGGGGCUUCCCCGCAAAAUACAUAUAUGAUCCCUGGAAUGCACCGGAGGGUAUCCAGAAGGUAGCCAAAUGUUUAAUAGGAGUUAAUUACCCAAAGCCAAUGGUGAACCAUGCGGAGGCAAGUCGUUUGAAUAUUGAAAGAAUGAAACAGAUAUAUCAGCAGCUUUCACGAUACAGAGGACUGGGUCUCCUUGCAUCAGUGCCUUCUAAUCCUAAUGGGAAUGGAGGACUCAUGGGCUAUUCUCCUGGAGAAAAUAUCCCAGGUUGUAGCAGCAGUGGAAGCAGCUCUCAAGGGAGUGGUAUUUUACACUGUGCUCAUGGAGACAGCCAGCAGCCUCACCUGUUAAAGCAAGGAAGAAGUCCCAUGCGCCCUGGUCUCAGCAGUGGGAAACGACCCAGUCAAGAAGAGGAGACGCAGGGUGUUGGUUCUAAAGUCCAACGACAGAGCACUAAUUAGAAACAUUCAGGCGGACACUGGUGCAGCUGAAAUUGGUGGGGAGCUCAGUGCUUUUUCAGUUAAAUGAUUUUAAAAUGUUCAUUGAUGGAAGGAGCAGGUACAUUUCAAAAUGCAUUGUUUCUAAUGAUGGUUCUGUGGUUUUUAACUUUUUAAUGAAUUUCACAUCAGACAAAUAGUAAUUUGUACAUAAAGAACUUGGUCAAUGAAUUUGCGUAAUGUAAAUAUAGUCACAAUUAGUAUAGACCCUUCAAUAUAUUUUUGAUAAUUUUUCAUGUAUGGUUAAAGUUAAAGCUUCAAACUGAUGUUCUGAUAUAAAAUCAAAGUUUUACAAGUCAAUGUGGGAAAAUAGGAGGUUUUUAGACUUUCUUAUUAAAAGACUUUGUUAAAAUUUUAGGUCAGAAUUUUCUUGACAUCAUGUUUGAUUUAACUUUGCGCUCUUUGAUACUAAUGUCUUAGAAAACGUGUGAUCAAAGCUGCCAGCUGCAGCCUGUUAUCAAACUGUGUGUUUGUUCUAAAGCUUCACAUCGGUCUGUUUGGUGGACCCGGGCUUCUGAUAGUCAUCCUAUCUUAAGUAUCUUACCCUCCUCUGUCUCCUCUUUACGUACAGCUAAAGUGACCUUGUUAUUAAAGUAUAUAUGAAUA